GUCAGUGGCUGAGGGAGGGACGGAGUGACAGCGGACGGACACUCCCAGGAUGCUGCUAUUCUGGUCCGAAAUUCAAAAGAAAUAAGAUACACGGCCCGGACCUGAUUUUAUUUUGUCUGGAGAACUAAGAAGUUGUUGUUGUUUGUUUUCUCCCUCCUCGUUGUUUUGUGUGUGCGUGUGUGAAACAGCGACAACUGGCCGGGAACAUGGAUCCCGCGCUCCGGAGGCAGAGUUCGGGCGUUGCGAGGUGCAAAAGUAGUAAAGUGAAAGGCGGCGGCAGCGGCAUGAGCGCCGAUGAAGUGCAGCGACUGGAUUCCUGCAGAGAAGGAGGGGGAGGACAUGUCUCGUCGUCCCGUUCGUCCGCUGUCUUAUCUCACAGUGGGAAGCUCGGCGCUGCCAUCAGUUGGAGCGGUCACUCUAACUCGCUGCUUUUGAGGAGGAGACGGAGGAACCUUUCCGCGGCGGCUCCUUGCUGUCACACUCGCAGCUUGGACCGCAAGAACAUGCCGGGACUGAGGCAGAGGGCGUUGAGUGCGGCUGAGAAAGAGUGGGUUCUUGCCGAUGUCCAUCGGGGCUGCCUGCACGUCUUCGACAGGUACUUGUCCUCCUACCUGCGACCUGUCACCUGCUCCCUGGACACCACUGCAGCCGAGAUAGCUGCUAGGUUGCUGCAUCCCGUCCAGCAGACCGGAGGGUGCAAGGUAAAGACGUUUCCGGCUGACGGCGGAGGAAUCCCCAAGUUGUGUCCCAUGGACAACACCGUUGGUGGCAGGAUGGGAGCACCUAGGAAAAUUGCGCCUGCCUUAUUGGCCAGACCAAGGCAGACGGAUACUGUGAGCACAAGAUCAGGAAUUGCUGCCAAUAGGCAUGGUCAGUUAGGGAUUCCAACUCGUGGAAAAAUGGGAUCGUCAUUGGGCACUGGCACCAAUACUGGGAAGCGCUUAAAUAUGUAUACAGUUAGAUGCAGGAAAGAUAAUGUCACAUUCACCAGGGUUGGGAUGUCAUUGAAUAACAAUGCCAUGCAGAAAGAAAUAAACACUGUGAGCCACAGGCAGGUGCAUUCAGUACCUGGCACUGCCCAAGAAGAGCCAAAAUCUGCUUCUGAAAGGAGCAACCUCAAGUCUUUGAGUAGUAACACUAAUCGACUCAAAUCAUUAAAUAAUUCUUUUGUGAAGUUGAUGACCGUGGACACUGAGGCUGUUAGGCAUAGACCUUCACUGGAUAGCUUUACACCGCACAUUCAUUAUAUGCAUGGUGAUGCUACAAAUGAUACUGUGACCAAGGAAGAAUGUCUGGACAAGCCUGAGCUGAGGCAAGACAUCCUUACCGGCAGACAAGUGAUGCAGGACCGGGAUAGCAGACUGAAGCCCUUAUCUUUUGGCACUUGGAGAAUGGGGACAAAUGACAGUUUGCUUACACCAAUGAUGUAUGUGCAGCUUCAUGGUGAAACAACGAGGAGGCUGGAGCCACAUGAAAGUCCUCUUGAAGUUCAAAAUGAGUACCUCUUUAAUCUUGGAUUUAAGGAUCCUUACAGGAUACAAGAGGAAGGAAUGGACAUUGAAAUUGGCUGUUUGAUUCGAUUUUAUACAGGAAAACCUUACAAUAUUGAACACUUAGAGCGAAUUCAACUAAGUGGGCUAUUCAACGUUCGAAAGGGAAAAAUGCAACUUCACAAGUGGACCCGGCGUCAAGUUAUCCUGUGUGGUACUUGUUUGAUUGUUUCAUCUGUGAAAAAUAGCCAAUCUGGAAAAAUGCAUGUACUGCCUUUGAUUGGUGGAAAGGUGGAAGAAGUGAAAAAGUACCAGCACUGUUUGGCUUUCAGUUCAUCAGGACCACAGGGUCAGUCCUAUUACAUCAGUUUUGAUAUUUUCCCAGAAUAUUUACGUUGGCUACGGCAAGCUUCAAAGAUUGUGUCCCAGCGAAUUAGUUCAGUUGAUUUAUCAUGCUGCAGCUUGGAAGCUCUCCCAAGUAACCUCUUCUAUAGCCAGGACCUUACUCACUUGAACCUUAAACAGAAUUUUCUCAAGCAAAAUUCAGAGCCUGGAGCACAAGAAGGACUGAGUGACCUUCAGAGGUUUAUGAAGUUGAAAAGUCUAAAUCUGUCAAAUAACCAGAUGGGAGAAUUUCCUUUUGCUGUUUGUGAUAUUCCCACCCUAUCAGAACUCAACCUUUCCUGCAAUGCCCUGCAUUUUAUCCCAGCAACAGUUGGCAAGAUGGAUAACCUACAGACAAUUUUACUGGAUGGCAACUGUCUCAGUUCUCUUCCAUCGGAGCUGGGGAACCUGAAACAACUGAGUUACUUGGGCCUGUCCUUCAAUGAGUUCAAAAAUAUUCCAAAAGUUUUGGAGGACCUGACAGCUGUGGAGAGACUUUGUAUGUCAGGCAAUUACUUGGAGAUCCUGAGCCUGCAAAGUUUGUGCAGAAUGUCUCACAUCAAACAUCUUGAUUUAAGACUCAAUCACAUUGCCAAGUUGGAACUAGCAGAUAUGGAUUACUUGCAGCAUGUCACACAUCUAGAUCUGCGUGACAACAAACUGAUUGCCCUUGAUUGCACAAUAUUUCAGAAUAUUGAGGUAUUACAUUGUGAACGAAACCAACUAACUAGUCUUAAAGUCAGUGGAUAUUUUCUGAAGACUCUUUAUGCUGCUUCAAAUGAACUUGUAUAUAUUGAUAUAUAUCCAGUCCCAAACAAUCUCACUUUCAUGGAUGUCUCAAGAAACAGACUGGAUAGUUUACCUGAAUGGGUGUGUGAAGUUAAGAAAAUGGAAGUCUUGGAUAUCAGUCACAAUCAGCUCUGUGAGUUGCCUGCAAGGUUGUUCUGCAGUGGUAGUUUACGCAAACUUCUAGCUGGUCACAACCAACUCCAAAGACUUCCAGAGCGACUUGAGCAGAUGCCAGUCGAAGUUCUUGACAUCCAGCACAACCAUUUAACCGAGUUGCCCUCAAACCUUUUCAUAAAAGCUGAAUGUUUACGUAGUCUCAAUGCUUCAGCAAAUAAACUGGAGAUAAUUCCUCCCUCCUGCCUGUCAGAGGACAGCCACAGCAUGUUACAAGAACUGUAUUUAACAAAUAAUUAUCUCUCUGAUAAAUGUGUGCCAUUGCUGACAGGACACACUUGUCUUAAGGUUCUGCACCUUGCAUAUAACAGACUUCAGAGCUUUCCAGCCAGUAGAAUGGCAAAACUUGAAGAGCUGGAAGAAAUUGAUCUAAGUGGGAACAAACUGAAAACCAUUCCAACCACAAUAAUGAAUUGUAGGCGAAUGCACACCAUUAUUGCACAUUCCAAUUGUAUUGAAGUCUUUCCUGAAGUGAUGCAUCUGUCAGAAAUAAAGUGUGUUGACCUGAGCUGUAAUGAGCUGAACGAGAUCACAUUGCCUGAAAAUUUGCCACCGAAACUGCAAGAACUAGACCUCACUGGAAAUCCCAGACUGGUCCUGGAUCACAAAACUCUGGAGCUGCUGAAUAACAUUCGCUGCUUCAAGGUAGAUCAAUCCUCUACAUCCUUUGCAGUUGGUGAGGCACCUGGUGCACCAGCUGUGUGGAGUCAUGGUUAUACAGAAGCCUCUGGAGUUAAAAACAGGUUGUGUGUGGCUGCAUUGUCAGUGAAUAACUUCUGUGAUAACAGAGAGGCUUUGUAUGGUGUCUUCGAUGGUGAUCGAAAUGUAGAAGUGCCCUACCUGUUGCAGUGCACCAUGAGUGACAUUUUGGCAGAUGAGCUGCAGAAAUCAAAGACUGAUGAGGAGCUAAUGACUAAUACUUUCCUGGUCAUGCAGAGGAAACUUGGAACAGCUGGCCAGAAGCUGGGGGGUUCUGCAGUCCUUUGUCACAUAAAACAUGAUCCUAUGGAUCCCAGUGGUUGUUUCAUGCUGACUGCAGCUAAUGUUGGAAAAUGUCAGGCUGUCCUGUGCAGAGAUGGAAAACCAUUGCCUCUCUCAAAGCUGUACACUGUUGGCUGUGAAGAAGAAUUAGAAAGGGUUAAAAAGCACAAAGCUAUCGUCACUGAGGACAACAAAGUCAAUGGCGUAACUGAUUCUACAAGAAUUUUAGGCUAUGCAUUCCUCCAUCCAUACGUCGUGCCUCGGCCUCAUGUUCAGUCUGUUACCCUCACACCACAAGAUGAAUUCUUCAUUCUGGGCAGUAAGGGACUAUGGGAAAGUAUUUCCCAUGCGGAAGCUGUGGAAUCUGUAAGAAAUGUACCCGAUGCCAAAGCUGCUGCCAAAAAGCUCUGUAGUCUGGCUCAGAGCUAUGGGUGCAAUGACAGCAUCAGUGCCGUGGUCGUCCAGCUAAAUGUUAGUGAGGACUGUUUCUGUUGUUGUGAUGUGAAUGGGGUACCUCCAUCCAGCCCUGGCAUUUUCCCACCAUCAGUAAAUGUGGUUAUUAAGGACAGGCCAGCAGAUAACUUAGGGAUGCCAUCUUCCAGCAGUGGCGUUGCCUCUGAGAUCAGCAGUGAAAUCUCCACCUCUGAAAUGAGCAGUGAAGUGGGUUCAACAGCCUCGGAUGAGCCACCUCAGGUCACGAUGAAUGAUGGAUGCUCCAUCUUUCACAGCGAGCAGCGCUGUAUGUUGCACCCAGUAUGUCUGACAAACUCAUUCCAGCGGCAGCUCUCCAGUGCCACCUUCUCUAGUGCAUUUUCAGACAAUGGACUAGACAGUGAAGAUGAGGAGCCCAUUGAGGGUGUCUUUUCCAACGGAAGCAGAGUGGAAGUUGAGGUUGACAUACAUUGCAUUCAGGUUAAGGAAAAAAUGGCUUUACACUCACCACCAGAUGCCUGUGAUGAAGGAAUAGUUAUCAGUGCAAAUGAAGAUGAAGCCUCUGAAAAAAUGAUGCUCCUUAAAAUUCACGGUGAAAUUGACUGGCCAGGAAAUGAUAAGAGCAAGUUUGGGUAUUCCACAACAGGGACUAUUGGCAGGAGGCGUGGAAAUGGUUCCGUUGCCCCAUUGGAGAAGAGCCAUAAUUUGAUUGAGGUGGCAGUUGAUGCACCUUUGAAAAAGACUGGUGGUUAUUUUGCUGCCCCUGCCCAGCCAGAUCCAGAUGAUCAAUUCAUAAUUCCCCCAGAACUGGAGGAUGAGGUGAAAGAGAUAAUGAAACAACAUCAGGAACAACAGCAGCGGCAGUAUCAACUGGACCAGCUCCCAGAGAGCUACGACACACCUCUAUGACCUGAAGGAACAGAGCUAAAUUUAGCUAAUUUGACCAUAAUUUUCUCAAGGAACAGUAAUGUAAGAUGUUCCAAUAUCAAAAGAUUUUGACUCACUUUAUAAAUCCUCUUUCCCUGCCAGUUACACACAAUGGUGUGCAGCCAAUUUUUAAUCAUUUCUAGAUUGUUCUUACUGUUGAUUAACUAAUUAAGUUACAUUUAACAGAUUAACAUCAGUUUUUCUAUAACAUAUCAUUUGUACAAGAUGAGGACACAUUUAGUGUAUUGCCAGCAGUUAUUAUUGAGUACUUGUUUAAAAAACAGAAAAGCGUAAGUAUUAAGAAUGAUUGAUUCUAGUUAAUGCUGUAAAUGUGGUACUUCUAAAAUCAUGGCUUUUUAAAAUGAAGUCAUAGAAAUUUGUAGACUUUAAAAACUAACUCCUAGGAGUUGCAUACUCAUUAACGUGACAUAGUCACUGAGAUGUACUAAUCUUCUCUGAGAGAACAGCUGAUUCACAAAUUAUUUGUAAAUAGUUUAAAUGUUGUGACACAUAAAGACAAUGUAGUGUUGUAUUUGAAAAACAAAAAAUAAAGGGGCUUUUUAA